GGGAGUGGAGAGACGCUGGGAGAGGACUCAAACACUCACACAUAUUCACACACACACUCACUCACUCACACACACUCAGCGUAGUCGGGCGAACACACACACUUGGAGGAAAAAGACGCACCGAAAGACGCACGAAGGUCAGCGGCUUUUUCUGACAUUCUGCGCUUUUUUUUCCUCUUUUCUCUCAACGGCAGGAGACAGAAAAAGUUUCCAGAAAGAGAGACAGAGACAGAGGAGAGGAGUGUCGCUCGGUCUGAGCAAGCAAAGACAAGCAGUCCGCUCUUUGGCUUCUUUUUUUUUUGGCCUGGAAUUUAUUUUUAAAUUUGUAUUUUUCAUUUUACGCGCCCGGCUGUGCUGUGGGAUCUCUUCUUUGCGGGCUUUCUUUUUUUUUUUGCUUAUAUUGACACCAAGGCUUUGUGUUGAUAAACAGAAGAGCGAGAACUAGAAGAAAACCCGGACCAGGGCGGACCAAAGGGGGCCAAACACUCACCAGGUAUGGCGGCGGUGUUGCCGAGAACCCUGGGUGAGCUGCAGCUCUACCGGAUCCUGCAGCGGGCAAACUUGCUCUACUACUACGAGGCCUUCAUCCAGCAGGGCGGCGAUGACGUGCAGCAGCUGUGUGAGGCCGGGGAGGAGGAAUUCCUGGAGAUCAUGGCCCUCGUCGGCAUGGCCAGCAAGCCGCUGCAUGUGCGCCGCCUACAGAAGGCGCUGCGUGAUUGGGUCACCAACCCGGCCAUCUUCAACCAGCCGCUCACCUCGCUGCCCGUCUGCAGCAUCCCCGUCUACAAGCUGCCCGAGGGCUCGCCCACACUGCUCAGCUCCCAGGACCGCGCCAACACAGCCAGCGUCAAGAUGCCCAAAUCUGUUGCCGCCGCCUGCUCCGACCCGGGGAAGCUGGAUGUGGCGCGGGACAAAGUGUCGGCAGGGUCGCCCCUUCAGGGCAGCAGCGAGGCUCGGUUCUGGUCGGGCCACAGCAACGACAGCGAGCACAGCCUGUCGCCGUCUGACCUCGGCUCCCCGUCCUCGCCGAGAGACGCGUUGGAGGCUCUGGACGCCGCGGCCGUCCAGUCGGUCCUGGAGUGUGUGGACAGGAUGGCACCAGGACUCGCCAAGACAGACCUGGCUGAGGUCAAAGAGCAGCUGAAGAACAACAAGAAACUGGCAAAGAUGAUCGGACACAUCUUUGAAAUGAGCGACGACGACCCGCGAAGGGAGGAGGAGAUUCGUAAAUACAGCGCCAUCUACGGACGCUUCGACUCCAAGAGGAGGGACGGCAAACACCUGACACUCCAUGAGCUGACGGUGAACGAAGCGGCGGCUCAGCUCUGUAUGCGGGACAUGGCUCUGCUGACACGCCGAGAUGAGCUGUUCGGACUCGCCCGGCAGAUUUCCAGAGAAGUCACCUACAAAUACACCUACCGCACCAGCAAGUCUCGCUGUGGAGACAGAGACGAGCCGUCACCUAAAAGGAUUAAAACAGAGGAGAACUUCUUCGACAUCCAGGAGGCGCUGCAGGCCAUCCACAUGAGGCAGGAGAUGCUGAGGGAGCAGCUGGCCUGCGCCAAGUCGAAAGGAGAGGAAACCAUCGGACGAAAUCUGCAGAUGCAGCUGGAGCGUCUGCUGGCGAGGCAGAUGGAGAUCCUGCAGGACGCCGCCGUCCAGGAGCGACUUCAGGCUCUUGACUGGAGGAUCCCCCCCGCCGCCUUAAAGUACCUCAACGACGCCCACAAUACCAACGGAGCCGCCGGCGACUCCAGCAGAGACAACCAAGAUGAACGACCAAUCAACUUGCGGGUGGUUAGUCAAAACAUGCAGGAAGGUGACCUCCCACUGGGCAAGCAGCUAGCCAAUGAGCUUAAGCGCCAUCACAACCAUAACAACAACAACAACAACAACAACACAGAUGAGACCAAAACACCAGCAACAGAAAACGGGACGUCGCAGCGGGCAUCCAGCAACGCAGAAAAGAAGACCAUCAAGUCAGAACCAGAAGACUCCACAUAGUGCCUCCUGCCUCACACAACCCCCCCGUCCCACCCCCACGUCAUUCUACUCACACUUGACAGUAUGCAGUUAUUACCCGUCAAUAGAUACUAAGCAAGCACAGCCACAGUAGAGCCUUAACAACCAAUGUUGCCUCAUGAAUAGCAUUUAUUUUUCUUUGAUUUUGUCUUUUUGUUGUUUUGUUUUAAAAAAAAGUAUUUGCCAAAGCACCUAGAGAGCAUGUUGAGAAGCCCCUCGAUGCUCUACAGGUCUUUGUCUGUUGAUUAAUUGUACAUGUUAGAUGUACAUGUAAUUUAAGAGUGAUCUGUUGCAGACAUUUGUACACUCUUUACCUCUGCCUGGGUGUUAUUUUUGUUGCUUUAUUUGGACAGCCAGGUUGCAGGCUUUCAUGCCGGGGCUGAAUCAUAACUCAACGUAGAUUCAGAGAUGGAAGAAUUGUUGGAGCAUGAUUUGACAAGUUUAGCAUCAAAGUGGUAACACUUUAUAUGACUGCCAUUUAACUAAUGUUUCAAGUUCUCUUUCACUCACGGACACCUUAAAACUGAUAUAUAAUAAACAUUUAAAAUCCCAAAAUAUUUCAAGUAUCCAUGAACAGCAGGGCUCUAGAGAGUGUUCGUCAAUCCACCACUUUGGUCCAGAUUUAAAUAUCUCAACAAAUAUUGAAUGGAUUGCCAGAUUGUCAAUUUUGCACAGACAGGCAUAUAAUCCCGAAUAUAAUUAAUCCUAAUUGAUUUAUUAAGCCUUUCAGUUUUCAUGUAGAGCCAGCUGCAGGUUCAAGAUUUUAAUUUGUGAAAUAUCUAAACAUCUACUAAAUGGAUCAGCACAAAAUUUCCUACAGUCUUUCACAUCACUCACAUGAAGAAUUGUACUAAGUUUGUUCAUCCUUUAUUUUUUUCCUCAACCAUUAUGAGUUUAAAACUUAAAUUUGUCCUGACCUGCAAAACUACUGACAUUCCCACCAGCCUCAACUAUACUUGUAAAUGCAAAUGUUUGCAUGCAAACUAAGAUGGUGACAUUACUUGCUAAACAUGAGCAUAUUAAAAUUGUCAUUGCAAGGCAAUUUUGUUUAUACAGCACAUUUCUUAACAGGUAAACUCAAUGUACUUUACAUUAAAGUGCUUACAGUAACAAGUGACAUGAGUUGUGUAGCGUCACAGAACCUUUUAGACUUUUAGUCUUAUUAUUUUCUUUAUUAUUAUUAUUAUUAUUAUUAUUAUUAUUAUUUUCAGGGUGGAAACUGUUAUUUUUGGGUUUGCAGCUUUUUAGGCAAGGUCAAUAUCCGUACUACUACUACUACUACUACUAUUAAUGAUUUAUGUUGCAAAUUAUAGAUGAACUUGUAAUAUACAUACAAGCAUAUAUGAAUAUUUACUGGUAAAAUAUCAAACUCAUUAACACAUAAUAAUGGUAGACAUAUAAAGUGCAAAGUGUUACCUCAUUUUGAGAUUUGCGGCAAGGAAUGCACAGUAAUUGUCUGUAGGCUGCAGUGGCUGGUGUCCAAAACCUCGCAAGCCAUUUUCAUGACUUUACAAGCCAACUAGACUUUCUGACUACAAGAAGAAGAUCAGAACUUACCAGCAAUAGCCAAAGAUUUAGCAGCAUUUUGUUGGUGGCUUGUGGUCGUUUCCCAGGUCGUCACCCAGGUCGUCUUCUGAGCCUCCGUCAUUCUCCCAAGUCUAACUUAGGUCUCUGCAUUUGUACUGUAACUCAAAACAAAGGUGUAAGUACUGUAGGGAGAUUGAGUUAGGAUUCAGCCCCUGUAGCAGGUUAGUUUUUAUUUGUCGUUCUCUUCAAAUGGGAAAACAGGAGAGGUGGGAUUAGUCCUUCCUUCCUCACUCUUGUCUUGUGUAUAUUUAUGGGAGGUAAUUUAAGAAGAUGUAGAGCUGUUGUGGAAUAACAGCAGGGGACCUCUGUCAUUCGUCUUGGCAGGAUGGCUGGGCUGGCAUGCCGGAGGCCGAGCUAAUUGGUUCAUUUCACUUUGUAAUUUAGCAAAACACUGCUGUUGAACCGAAACCACGCAUCUGCAAACAGGGAGUAUUUCAGGAAUGAAGAUGCCUGUGUGUUGUUUUUUUUUAAAUGAUCCAACAAGCUUUCAGCAGGCCCCAAGGGUCUUAAAAUCCACUUGAUGUGUAAACUUUCAACUGAAGAAAGGAUAAAAUAUUAAAGAUUGCAGGUAUGUGGUUUUUUGACAAAAGCAGCAAAAAGCAAAAUUUAUUGCUGUUCUUCAUUGAGCAGCAGCCUGGGGUCUGUAAAUAGUACCGUGAUAACAAAUAGUGCUAGCCUAAUCUCUCAACCAGGGUUUUCCUUUGUCAAGUGUAACUUUGCUGUAGAUUUUGGUGUCAAUACAGUGUUUAUGUAUGUAGAGCAAAAACAAAAAAAGAAAACUUAAGUGUCAUUGAGGAAAAAAUACAACAGUGUGAAAGUGUCUGGUAUAUAAAAACAUGCUUUACAUGAUGAUAAUGUUAAUUAGCCUUAGCUCUUAACAGUGUUUAAUCCACCUGUGAUGGCCAUCAGUGCAUAUUUCAAAGAUGUGUUUUUGCUGUUUAGAGGUAGAUACAUAACAAAUAAGUGUUCACUGUGUUUUUAUGUGUUGGCCACAUUGUGUAAAUACGUCUGUUUGGUCUCCAAGAUGAUAAUAAUGUCCAGACAAUUUGGUCUAACUCUCCUUCCCCCCUGCUCCUUACAGAUAGUUUAGUCUCACUCAGCGUAAUGACAGACCAAUGCAAUAUUUAUGUAAGUAAUAAGUCUAUUUGCAUACUAUAUGGAUCAUUUUGUCAUGUGCUCAGUAACUGUAUGUCUGUCAUCAGCACCAGGGUGGGAAAUCACCUACAACUUUGGAAAUGUUUGUGUUGUCUUACUUUUUAGUGCGCAGCGCACUGUAUUUGUAUUUAAAGACAUUGUGCUCUUUUCACAAAAUUCCUUGAGGUUGUUUUGUUUCAAGCAGCCACUAUGGCAAGAAACUAGGGAGGAUGUGGAGUCAUGAUUUGUUGUAAAAAUCUAGUUUGCAAAAGCUAAAGUAGCUAGUGAACUUUGGGAGAUACAGCAAUCAUGGUCGGGGACAAAAAAAAUAUUUUGCUACCCGCCUGAUUGGCUCAAACACUGGCCCAUGAUGUUUCAGAGAAUAUAGCGCAUGUCUGAACUACCGUCUCACUGAUCACCGUUCUCCUCACUGUUUAUUGUAAAGUGAUAGAUUAGGCUUCACCUAGUUAUGCACCUGUUUUUUAAACACUAAUAUAUUUUAUUUGUUAUACAGCACAUAAACAUUAAACUUUAUUUUUUUGAA